CUUGUAUAAUAUUCGUUAAUUAUAUCUCUGCAUUUAUAUAAUUGAAAAAACUCAAGAAGGAUAAUUCAUUAUUGUUAGUAUUAUGAGGCAGGGCUUUCAAUAUUCUCAUAGUCAUAGCCACAGAGGAGGAGCCAUGGCUGGUGCCCUGAUUUUGCUACUGUAUUUGCUAUUUCCAUGUCUUUUCACUCCUUUGAGCCACGCUUUCCCCUCUGUUCUCUCGGAGUGGAACACUCUGAAACCUCGGCACUCUCGUCUCCUUAAAAGUGCUUUGCAACGCCAAAUUUCCGACGAGCAACAGACUGAACUGUGGAUGCCUUUGGCCGACCAAGGAUGGAAACCUCGUCUCAGUUCAGACAAAACCUCCAAGUUGCCAGAAAAAUCUGAAGGUUACAUUCAGGUGUUCCUCGAUGGUGGUCUAAAUCAGCAGAGAAUGGGUAUAUGUGAUGCGGUUGCUCUCGCUAAAAUCUUGAACGCGACCCUUAUAAUUCCACAUCUUGAAGUGAACCCCGUCUGGCAAGACUCAAGCUCGUUCAUGGACAUUUUCGAUGUGGAUCACUUCAUUAGCGUGUUGAAGGAUGAUGUGUCUAUUAUUAAAGAAAUACCCGAUGAGUACUUUUGGAGCACAAGAGAAUAUUAUGCCACAGCCAUUAGAGCAACCAGAGUUAAGACAGCGCCCGUUCAUGCUUCGGCAAACUGGUACCUUGAUAAUGUUUUGCCUAUCGUCCAGAGUUACGGGAUUGCUGCAAUUGCACCAUUCUCACACCGCCUGGCAUUUGACAAUAUGCAAGAUGAGAUCCAACGGCUAAGAUGUAAAGUCAACUUCCAAGCUUUAGUCUUCGUCCCUCACAUCAGGGCUCUUGGUGAUGCCCUCGUUAGCCGUCUCAGAUACCCUAUUGAGACAAUCGAGAAUUCGAAAGACAAACAAGGGACUGGGAAAUUUGUCGUCAUACACCUUCGUUUUGACAAGGAUAUGGCUGCCCACUCAGCCUGUGACUUUGGAGGAGGUAAAGCUGAGAAAUUGGCUCUGGCCAAAUACCGACAAGUUAUUUGGCAAGGGAGAGUUUUGAAUUCUCAAUUCACUGAUGAGGAGUUGAGGAGUCAAGGCCGUUGCCCUUUGACCCCAGAAGAGAUUGGAUUGCUGUUAGCAGCUUUAGGAUUUGACAACACAACUCGUUUGUAUCUUGCUUCCCACAAGGUGUAUGGUGGGGAAGCUAGGAUCUCAGCUUUACAAAGCUUAUUUCCAUUAAUGGAGAACAAGAAAAGCCUUGCAUCGUCAGAAGAAAGAGCUCGAAUUGAAGGAAAAGCUUCUUUGUUAGCUGCUGUGGAUUAUUAUGUUAGCAUGCAGAGUGAUAUUUUCAUUUCAGCAUCCCCAGGAAAUAUGCAUAAUGCUGUGGUGGGCCAUCGAACAUAUGAGAACAAAAAGAUCAUAAGACCUAACAUGGCAUUACUAGGCCAGCUUUUCUUGAACAAGAGCUUGAGUUGGCCUGAGUUUCAAGAGGCAAUUAUUGAAGGGCAUAAAAACAGGCAAGGGCUGCUCAAACUACGCAAACCACUGCAGUCAAUAUACACAUACCCGGCUCCGGAUUGCAUGUGCAAAGCUUGAGGUCACUCGUUUUUAUAGAUCUUAUGCUAGUGUUUUUUGCAUGUACUGGUUUUAUGUAUUACUUGGAAAAGAAUAAAAGUUCGUUACACUUCCACUUGUGUAUGUUCGGCAACCACACGUAGGAAAUUUAUGUUGUGAAAAUGGGAUGCAUUGAUAUUUUAUACAUAUGGUUUUGUAUUAUUUUGUCGAUUGUGUGGAUCAUUUUAUUUCAUUCUUGUGCUACAGGGAUUUCUGAGUUACUUGUUUCUA